AUGUGUGGUCAUCCUCUGCUUGAAGCAUUUCGCUUUUGCUCUCUUGGAUGGAAUCUCGAAGGCAUAAAAGAGGAUAUGGAUAUGCCAGCCAUGGUGGAAAUCGGUAUUGAAUAUAGAGGAAAGGAUGAUGUGACUAGCAAUGAUAAUGUUGGUUCUAGUACUGCUUGUAUCAAAGAUAGUUGCAAUGACAACAAUGAAGAAGAACCACCACCAAAAAGGAUUGUUCAUCACCGACGCUAG